AUGAUAACUAAAAGCGAGUUAGAAAAAAAAUACUGCUAAAUGUAGCCUUAAUUGUAAAACCUUAUCUAAUAAAAUGAAAUUAAAAAUAAGCUAUCAGAUAGAUAAAAAGCUAUUAUUAUAACACCUAAAUCUCUAAAACAAUAGUUCGAUGAAUCUCUACUUGCGAAUAGCAACAAAAGCUAAAAUGAUAGUAUUAGAUCUGGAGUUUAUAAAGCUACAGAGCUAGACAGUAAAUUAUAAAGCAUUUUAAACUCAAAUGGAAAAUCUGUUGAAGCUAUGAUAGUAGAUAGAUCAUAUAAUCCUGCAAGACUUAAAAGCUAAAACACAUCUUUUCAUGUGAGCGGAAAUUAAACACCAAUAGUAGAAUAUAACCAAAAUUAUGAAAGAGCCAUGAAAAUGUAAAAGUAACUAGAAAUAUAGGCUCUUUCUUCAGCACCAUCAAAUUAAUUAAACAAUGAAAAUAUUUAUAAUCAUAGUGGGGCUACUAGUUUUUAUAGUAUUUCUAGCUAUUCAUCUAAUCCUCAAGCUAGCGUAAGAGUCCCUUCUUCAGAAUAUGCAAUUAAUGAAGAAUUUUCAUAAUAAAAACCACUGUUUAAAUAGCCUCUACCUAUUACCAAGGAAGAAAAUUAACAGAAAUCUAAGUAAUUUAAUCUAUUAUAAAGCAAUUAAAAAAUUCAAACAAUUAACUAACUCGCCAAUUUGAAAGAAAUAGUGAGAUAAAAGAAAAUUAAUGAGCACAUUAGGCAAUACUAAAUUCCUCUAAAAAAGAUUAAACAAGAAGAAAAUUUAAUUAAUUAAAAUAAUACAAAUUUGAAUUUAUAAAAUUUAGAUAACACAUCUAGUUUAACAGUUAAAAACAGCUAAGGUUUAAAUACUGCAGAAAAAAGUAUUCUUUAUAAACCUGAAUAUUAUUAAAAAGUUGGUUUACCUAUGCCUGACUCAGUUGCUAAGUAAAAAAAGUUAGAAAGAGAGAUAGAAUAUGUAAAAGAAAAUGUAAAGCCACAGACUAAUGACAGUAAAUCUCUUUGGCUAAAUUAAAACUUUAGAAAAAGCGAUUAAGAAAACAGAAAUAUAAGUUAAAAGUAAAUUAAUAAUGAUCAAAAUAAAUAGAAAGAAUAACAAAACAAUUAAAUCGAAUUUAAUAAUUAAAAUAAAAAUAUUAAUUUGAAAUAAGGAAAACAAAUAUUAGGUUUUAGGGCUGAAGAUAUAAAUUAAAAACCAUCUUUUUAAAAUUGUUUGCAAAAGAGUAUACAAAAUUAAAGUACUCAAUAAUAUAAUAGCUCUAAAGAUUAAUCAAAUAGCAAUUUUAACUCUUAAGACCCUAGACUGACCUUAUAAUAAAAAGUAUAUCCUUAAUAAAAUAAAGAUGAUAGUUUAUUUUAAGAAAAUUAAAAUAAUAACAAAAAUUCUUAGUAAUUUAAUUUCAACAAUAAUCAUACUUUAAGUUAAAUUUAGCUUUAGUCAUCUUUAAUUAGUUAAAAUUCAAAAUAAGAAAAUUAAGGUGAAUAAAAUGCCAUUAAACAACUUUUAAGUAUAUAAUAAAAUUAAAAUUAAUAAUUAAUAGAUUAAAAAGACUAAAUUAUGAACUAAGUUAAAGAUGUAAUUCUUAUGCUUAUAGAAAAAGAAAAAAAUAAAAAAACAGAAGAAUAGUUAAAAGCAAAAUAAUAAAAUUAAGAAUAAAAACCAGAAGCAACUAUGAAUAAUCUAAAUAAAAUCAAACAAUAACAUGUAAACGAUCCUAUUCAAUAGCAAAGAACAUUUCAAUAAUUAUAGAAUUUCAACAAGCAAAGCAAAAAUGAUACUAAAUUUUAAGAAAAGUAGGUUUAUAGAAAUGAUUAACUUUAAUAAAAAAUAGAUGAAAGCCAAAGAAUAAACCUAAAUUAAAGUGGAUAGAGUAUGUUAAAUGAAAACAUAAAGAUUUAAUAAAAUUUCUAAAUUCAGCAUUAAAUUACUUCUAAUUUAUAAAAUAAUAAUAUUUAAAUUUCAAAUAUGCCAAGCAAUAAUCAAUAAACCACAUAAAAUAAUUUUGUUAAAAUUAAUUAGUAAUAACCACAAGCUUAUUAAACUUAGCAUUUAAUUUAAAUGAAUUAUAAUAAUUAGUUUAACAAUACCUCAGUUAAUAACUCUUAACUUAACAAAGAGCAAAACAUAUACUAAUAAUUUAAAAAACAAGAAGAUUGCCAAAAAUAAAAUAAUUAAAAUUUUUUAUAAAAUUAAGAAAAUAUUUUAGAUUUACUAAAUCCAAAGCAUCUACUUAAUUUUAAUUCUUAAAUUGCUGAUAAUCAAGCAAAUUAAUAAGUUAGUUAAAAACCAGAAAUUGUAAUUUAAAAUAAAGAAGGAAUAUUCUCAUAAAAUGGACAAAAUAAUAUUCAUUUAACUUAAGCUUAGUAAUAAAAAUAAUAGCUUAAUAAUAUUUAAUAAUUAUAAAUUCCUUAGUCAACCUCUCAAGCAAGCUUAAAAAUCCCUGAUUAAAUAACCUGCUCCAUACCAUAGGGUACAUUGGCUGAAAUUAAAAAAGCUCAAAUUGAAUUUUAAUAGAUAUAAACUUAAAACUUGUAAAAGAGACUUCUUAGCUAGCAUGAAAAAAAGGUUUUAUUUAUUGUUUGGAUGAAGAAAAAUCUUUAAGAUUUUAAUUAUUGGAUUUAAAAAUCAAAAAGCAUUUUAGAUUUUAACUUUAUUGAAGAAAAAGGAUAAUUCAAGUGUGAAGCAAAGCUAAACAUCCCUAUGGAUGGCAUUAAGUGCUUAUGUGCUUUUGGAUUGGGAUCUAACAAAAAAGAGUCAAAAAAGAAUGCUAUGGAAUAACUAGCUAUUUAUGUAAUAUUAAAUGAUUAAAUUUUUUGGGUGGGAAUAACUGGAAGAUAGUAUCUAGAAAGUGUUCUUUAAGAGUAUAAUUCAAUAGUUAAUACAUAGGAGGGUUAAACUAUUCUUAAAUAAAUAAAACAAUUUACAAACUUUAUUGAUGAUGAUGAACCAAAAACAUAUAUUGAUUAAAAUAUGGAAAUUGAAUAACUAAAUUAGCAAAAUCUUCAAUCUUAAAAAAAUUCAAAUUUAAAUGAUACUGAUAACUUAAAUUAAAAUAAUAAUAUAAAUGGAAAUAAUUAAGCAAAAGCAAAAAAUUAGCUUAAAUAGCUAAAAAAAUAAAAAAUAUCAUAAAAUAAAUCACCUAAAAGUGAUAUUAAGGAAGUUGAUAAAUUGAAUGAUGACUUAAGUGGAUGCAAGAGUAAGCUAAAAGUUUAAAAGUAUUUGAAGAGAAUUUAAAGUUGCUUACAGGAAGAUAAAAUUAUAGAAGCUUUAGAAAAAUUAGCGUUAGUUGGAAGCUUAAAGAAUGAAUUAAAAUAUAGAGAUUUUUGUUAUAUUUGGAAUUAUGCUAUACAAUCUAGGAAUUUAACUGUUCUUAAAAUAUGCCUUGAUGUUAUACAUUACCGUAAGAUGUCAAGCCAAAUGACAGAGACAAUUUAAUUCUAAUCGUCUGCAGAUACAGCAAAAUAAUUGUUUAAUCCUAUUUUGUAAAGUGAAUAAUUAACUUAAAUUAAUUUUACUCUUCAAAAGUUUGUUUCAACCCAAAGAAUUCCUGUUAUUAAUAAUUAAUUUGAAUAAUUUAAUACUAAUAUUUCUUAUUUAGUAGAUGAUGAGUGGUUUACUAUGAGAGAAAAUCCUAAUGCUCAUUUCUUCUCAUAAUUUAAUUUUAAUAAAUAGUUUUAAAAUUAAAGCUUUGCUAGUUAAAGUGAUACUUAGUCGAUAUAUCAGGCAAUCGACUUUGAUAAUUUCUCUGUUGAAAACAACCUAGAAACAGUCUAACAUCUAAGAUUUGCUAGAAAUCGUUUUUAGAAGAGUGGCAAUAAGAGUUAAGAGAAUUCAAGCUCAUCUAAUAAGUAAAAAUUAUAUAUAUCAGCUGGUAAGAAAAAAACUAUUUUAUCUGGUGUAGGCGGAAGUGGAUAAAAAGAAGAUAUAGACCUAAGGAAUGCAUCAUUUGUCAGGUCCUCUGCUUUAUUCUUCAAAAACUUAAUCAAUUAGUAGAGAGUUAGUAAUUUUAAUAUUGCCUAAUAAAGCCAAAUUAUAAGAAAAGAUCCUUACUUGCAGUAUCUUAGCUGGGAAGACUUGAAUCAAAUGUACUCCAGCCUUUUAUAUAUAGACGAUCCUAUAUUUGCUUUAUAAGCCUGCGAGUUAAUUUAUACAUAAACAAAAAUAGAUCAAGAUCUUCUUAUCAAUGGAUCUUUGAACUAUUUUGUAAACAGAAAAGUAAUUCUUUAUGAAGACUUUUUUGAAAGUUUACUGGCUAAAAUUAAUAAAAGUAAUUAAUUGCAAAAAAAUAAUAGCUAAGAAUCCUAAAAUUCAUAGCAAAUUUAAUAGUAACAAUAGCAAAGUAAUGUAAUAAGAAAGGGUGAAAAGUUUGUAUGUUAAGGAUUCAUAUAGUACCUGGGAAGUAAUUAUGAGUAUGAUCAAUUCAGUUUUAGAGUUUUAGGUGAAAAUGGAGAAAUUUUACCAUAAGGAUGCUAUUAAAUACAAGAAGGAGAUCUAUGUGUGUUAUAACCAAAAAAUUUACCUGCAUUAUAAAGCUACUCAACUAUGAUAAAUUAAAAUAAUAGAUAUAUUUGCUUAGUUAAAGAAUUAGGUGAAGAAAAUGGAUUGCAAAAUAAUAUUAAUUAGGGGUAGAACUAAACUAAAAUUAAUAAUCUUGCUAACACUACUUAUCAGACAUUUAAAUUAAGCAUUGUCUUGACAAACUGCAAGUAAAGAAGCAAGCUGAUAGCCGAUUACUCUCAAGUUUAUUCUCUGUAUAAAAUAGCUUCAACAAAUUCAUUAAGAGAAAAAAGUAAAUCACUUGAUAAUAUGUGUACAAAAGUAUCAAUGCUUCAUUCAAUUUUUAAUUCUAUCGUUUUAUGCAAUAAUUUCAGUACUAAUUAGUAGCAGAUUUAAGUUAUCGAGCAAAAUAAAACUAGUCCUCAGCAGAGUUAGAGAGAGGAGCAAAUGAGGUAAUCAACUAUAGUUGCAACUGAAGUAAAUUUGUAAGAAAUAGCUAUGGAAAAUAAUUUAAAUUAGGAUUAGGUAGAUGCCUUGUACAGUGGGAGUGUUAACUCUCUUACUCUUAUUCAGGGAGUAAAACAUACUGGUAGAUUUAGGGUAGCUAUCAGUAUAAUUCAAGAAUGGUUAAUAUAAUCAAAUUUAAAAAUUCUUGUAAAAUGCGAUACUGAUUAUAAAGCUAGGUUAUUUUACAAUAGCUUAGUUAGUAUGUAAUAAAGUGUAUCGGUUAACUCGUAAUCUAACUUUUCAUCUGAAAGUUCAUCAAAAUUACUAAAAAAUAGUGCUUUUUAAGCAAAUAUUUGCUUUGUUUUAGAAGAUAGUUCAAUAGAAUUUUUUAACUCAACAUCUAGACAAUUUAUGACUUCUAAAAUGAGUGCAAAAGUAAAAAGAUCAAUUGAUGAAAGCAAAAUAAUUAUUCUUGGUUCAUCUUCUCUCCACUAAAGCAAUAGUUAAUGCAAUAUAGUUAAUUCUGUACAAAUAGCCAACAAUAGUAAUUGCCAACUACUAUCUGCUUUUAGUGCUCUUAGAGAUUGUUCUUUUAAUAGGGUAAUAUUUUACAAUUCUGAAUAAAUACAAGAAUCAAAUACUUGGGAAUAUUUGGUAAAAAAUUGUAAUUAAUGUGUGAUGAUUGGUGACUUAACUGCAUUCUAAAGAGAACAAACAAGAAACCUUUUCACAAAAAGUAGGUUUGGUGAUAGAAGUAUUUUUGAAAAUUUAAUACUGAGUGGAUUCAAACCAAUUGUACUCAGAAAAAGAUAUUUAUUCAAAUAGUCAUUAGUAAAUAAUUAAAAAGUGGUUAUUAAAAGUUAAAAUAUUCCUACUAAUACUUAUAAUAUUGCUUCUCUUCAUAAUAACUUAUUCUUUGAUAAUUAAUUGAUUUUAUUUAACAAUGAUAAUAAUUCACCUUCAUAAAUUAACCCAGAAGCUUUGAAUGAUUCUGAAUCUUCUGAAAUAUUAAUUAUCGCACUUAAAGGAAAAGAAGAAGUUUCUAAUCCAACAAGCAACAGAACAAUCAGCGAUACAGGAAGUAUUUAUAACACUGAUGAGAUUUAUAUGAUCUUAGCUAUAGUAAAUAAUCUAGUAAACAUAGAUAGAAUCAACCUCUCUUAAAUUAGAGUUAUUACUCCAACUAUUGCUCAAAAAACUCAAUUGCAAAUUAUCUCCUCCUAAAAAUUAAAAUUUGUUGUCAAUGCUCAGACAAUCUAAGAGCCUAUCAAUUAAACAUAUGAAUAUGUGUUAUUCUCUGCAGUCAAAAGUAAUGAGAGAGAGGAUAUUGGUGUAGCUAGAAAUCCUUCUAUACUUAGUAGUAUGCUUUAACACACAACUCAAAAGUUUAUAUUUAUAGGUGAUAUAGAUCUUUAUUCUAUAGAUCCAACUUGGUCAGAUCUUUUUUAAAAGGCAUUUGCAAAAAAAUAAAUCAAAUUUUAUCAUUAAUACCAAAAAUUAUCUAAAAAUUUAUGUAAAAUCUUUGACUCUGAAGAGAAAGAGUUAGGAGAACUAUGA